CUCCCUAUAUCACUCUCAGUGUAGUCUGUACCGCGGUAUGUGGUGGUCGGGGCGGCGCUGCAGCAGUAGCUCGUCCUCCAGUCGCUGGAGACGGUGUAGUAGGUGUUUGUUGUAGGAGGUAGUCGCGGUGGUAGUUUUGUAGUUGUGGGGGAAUUGGAGAGGAAGCUCCCGGGUUGGCUGGCAGCCCGCAGUGCAAUAGAGGGGGUCGGGUCGCGCGAGAGAGAGAUAUAUAGAAAGAAAGCCCGAGAAAGAGAGAGAAUCUCAAGACAUCACCAGCACUAUGUUUGUUGUGUAUGGGGAAGACGAAGACGGUGCAUGGGUGUGGUAGGAGGAGGACCCACCACAGCAUGACACUGUCGGAGCUCGGGGUUCGUGUCUCGGCAACCGAUCAUACCAAGCGCUCGCCCUCAGCAGCACCUCUACCGCCCGUCCAUACUCAGGAGCUGUACGAUGUGAGGGGAGGAGCCCCGGCCCCACCCAUGGAGAGAUGCACCUCAAAUACCUCCACCUUCUCCUUCAGUCAGGAUAUUUGCAGGAUCUGCCACUGCGAAGGCGAUGCGGAGUCCCCGCUCAUUGCGCCGUGCUACUGCGCAGGCUCGUUGCGCUACGUUCACCAGUCAUGUCUGCAACAAUGGAUCAAGUCGUCGGACACCAAAUCUUGCGAGCUGUGCAAAUUCAACUUCAUCAUGCACUCCAAAAUCAAACCUUUCAACAAGUGGGAGAAGCUGGACAUGUCCGGGAUGGAGCGACGCAAGAUCGCCUGUUCGGUCACCUUCCACGUCGUGGCCCUCACCUGCGUCGUUUGGGCACUGUACAUCCUCAUCGAACGGACGACGGAGGAAGUCCAGGUAGGCCCUCGGAAUAAAUCGUUACUCAAACUCUUAUCAACUUUCUAUAUAAAAAAAAAAAAUGGGAGGUUCGUGAUUGCUAAAUCAUCUGUCAUUAAGGUUUAAUAUUUAAAAUCGGUC